AUGAAUGAAUCUACCAAAGUACAAUAUCUAAUGAAUGGAUUACGACCAUCACUAUCAAUUGAAACAAGAAGGAAUUAUCCAACAACAACACAAGAAUUUUUACAACAGGCUCAGAAGGCAGAAGAAUUAACGGCAAUCAGUACCACAACGACGUCAGAUUUAGUUACCACAGACGAUUUAUCAACAGCUUCUUCUCUUCUACAUCAUGAACCAAAGCAUUGGUCAUCACGCAGUCGACCAAAUAGAAACAAUGGAUCGUUUUCAGCACAACAAUACCAGUGGCAAAAAUCUUGGAAAUUUUUCAACGCGAAAAUUCGAAGAACAUCAAAGUAG